AGCUGGGGCAUUAUGGGUAUACAGUACAUGUGUGUAUGAGGUGUAAUUUAUAUGUAUUAUAUACAUGUGAGCUGGGGCAUUAUGGGUAUACAGUACAUGUGUGUAUGAGGUGUAAUUUAUAUGUAUUAUAUACAUGUGAGCUGGGGCAUUAUGGGUAUACAGUACAUGUGUGUAUGAGGUGUAAUUUAUAUGUAUUAUAUACAUGUGAGCUGGGGCAUUAUGGGUAUACAGUACAUGUGUGUAUGAGGUGUAAUUUAUAUGUAUUAUAUACAUGUGAGCUGGGGCAUUAUGGGUAUACAGUACAUGUGUGUAUGAGGGGUAAUUUAUAUGUAUUAUAUACAUGUGAGCUGGGGCAUUAUGGGUAUACAGUACAUGUGUGUAUGAUGUGUAAUUUAUAUGUAUUAUAUACAUGUGAGCUGGGGUAUUAUGGGUAUACAGUGCAUGUGUGUAUGAGGUGUAAUUUAUAUGUAUUAUAUACAUGUGAGCUGGGGCAUUAUGGGUAUACAGUACAUGUGUGUAUGAGGUGUAAUUUAUAUGUAUUAUAUACAUGUGAGCUGGGGUAUUAUGGGUAUACAGUACAUGUGUGUGUGAGGUGUAAUUUAUAUGUAUUAUAUACAUGUGAGCUGGGGCAUUAUGGGUAUACAGUACAUGUGUGUAUGAGGUGUAAUUUAUAUGUAUUAUAUACAUGUGAGCUGGGGCAUUAUGGGUAUACAGUACAUGUGUGUAUGAGAUGUAAUUUAUAUGCAUUAUAUACAUGUGAGCUGGGGCAUUAUGGGUAUACAGUACAUGUGUGUAUGAGGUGUAAUUUAUAUGUAUUAUAUACAUGUGAGCUGGGGCAUUAUGGGUAUACAGUACAUGUGUGUAUGAGGUGUAAUUUAUAUGUAUUAUAUACAUGUGAGCUGGGGCAUUAUGGGUAUACAGUACAUGUGUGUAUGAGGUGUAAUUUAUAUGUAUUAUAUACAUGUGAGCUGGGGCAUUAUGGGUAUACAGUACAUGUGUGUAUGAGGUGUAAUUUAUAUGUAUUAUAUACAUGUGAGCUGGGGUAUUAUGGGUAUACAGUACAUGUGUGUGUGAGGUGUAAUUUAUAUGUAUUAUAUACAUGUGAGCUGGGGCAUUAUGGGUAUACAGUACAUGUGUGUAUGAGGUGUAAUUUAUAUGUAUUAUAUACAUGUGAGCUGGGGCAUUAUGGGUAUACAGUACAUGUGUGUAUGAGAUGUAAUUUAUAUGCAUUAUAUACAUGUGAGCUGGGGCAUUAUGGGUAUACAGUACAUGUGUGUAUGAUGUGUAAUUUAUAUGUAUUAUAUACAUGUGAGCUGGGGCAUUAUGGGUAUACAGUACAUGUGUGUAUGAUGUGUAAUUUAUAUGCAUUAUAUACAUGUGAGCUGGGGUAUUAUGGGUAUACAGUACAUGUGUGUAUGAGGUGUAAUUUAUAUGCAUUAUAUAUAUGUGAGCUGGGGCAUUAUGGGUAUACAGUACAUGUGUGUAUGAGGUGUAAUUUAUAUGCAUUAUAUACAUGUGAGCUGGGGCAUUAUGGGUAUACAGUACAUGUGUGUAUGAGGUGUAAUUUAUAUGUAUUAUAUACAUGUGAGCUGGGGCAUUAUGGGUAUACAGUACAUGUGUGUAUGAGAUGUAAUUUAUAUGCAUUAUAUAAAUGUGAGCUGGGGUAUUAUGGGUAUACAGUACAUGUGUGUGUAUGAGGUGUAAUUUAUAUGUAUUAUAUACAUGUGAGCUGGGGCAUUAUGGGUAUACAGUACAUGUGUGUGUAUGAGGUGUAAUUUAUAUGUAUUAUAUACAUGUGAGCUGGGGCAUUAUGGGUAUACAGUACAUGUGUGUAUGAGGUGUAAUUUAUAUGUAUUAUAUACAUGUGAGCUGGGGCAUUAUGGGUAUACAGUACAUGUGUUAAUGAGGUGUAAUUUAUAUGUAUUAUAUACAUGUGAGCUGGGGCAUUAUGGGUAUACAGUACAUGUGUGUAUGAGGUGUAAUUUAUAUGUAUUAUAUACAUGUGAGCUGGGGCAUUAUGGGUAUACAGUACAUGUGUGUGUAUGAUGUGUAAUUUAUAUGCAUUAUAUACAUGUGAGCUGGGGCAUUAUGGGUAUACAGUACAUGUGUGUAUGAGGUGUAAUUUAUAUGUAUUAUAUACAUGUGAGCUGGGGCAUUAUGGGUAUACAGUACAUGUGUGUGUAUGAUGUGUAAUUUAUAUGCAUUACAUACAUGUGAGCUGGGGCAUUAUGGGUAUACAGUACAUGUGUGUAUGAGGUGUAAUUUAUAUGCAUUAUAUACAUGUGAGCUGGGGUAUUAUGGGUAUACAGUACAUGUGUGUAUGAGGUGUAAUUUAUAUGUAUUAUAUACAUGUGAGCUGGGGCAUUAUGGGUAUACAGUACAUGUGUGUAUGAGGUGUAAUUUAUAUGUAUUAUAUACAUGUGAGCUGGGGCAUUAUUGGUAUAUACAGUACAUGUGUGUAUGAGGUGUAAUUUAUAUGUAUUAUAUACAUGUGAGCUGGGGUAUUAUGGGUAUACAGUACAUGUGUGUGUAUGAGGUGUAAUUUAUAUGUAUUAUAUACAUGUGAGCUGGGGCAUUAUGGGUAUACAGUACAUGUGUGUAUGAGGUGUAAUUUAUAUGUAUUAUAUACAUGUGAGCUGGGGCAUUAUGGGUAUACAGUACAUGUGUGUAUGAUGUGUAAUUUAUAUGUAUUAUAUACAUGUGAGCUGGGGCAUUAUGGGUAUACAGUACAUGUGUGUAUGAGGUGUAAUUUAUAUGCAUUAUAUACAUGUGAGCUGGGGCAUUAUGGGUAUACAGUACAUGUGUGUAUGAGGUGUAAUUUAUAUGUAUUAUAUACAUGUGAGCUGGGGUAUUAUGGGUAUACAGUACAUGUGUGUAUGAGGUGUAAUUUAUAUGUAUUAUAUACAUGUGAGCUGGGGUAUUAUGGGUAUACAGUGCAUGUGUGUAUGAGGUGUAAUGUAUAUGUAUUAUAUACAUGUGAGCUGGGGCAUUAUGGGUAUACAGUACAUGUUUGUGUAUGAGAUGUAAUUUAUAUGCAUUAUAUACAUGUGAGCUGGGGCAUUAUGGGUAUACAGUACAUGUGUGUGUAUGAUGUGUAAUUUAUAUGUAUUAUAUACAUGUGAGCUGGGGCAUUAUGGGUAUACAGUACAUGUGUGUGGAUGAGAUGUAAUUUAUAUGCAUUAUAUACAUGUGAGCUCGGCAUUAUGGGUAUACAGUACAUGUGUGUGUAUGAUGUAUAAUUUAUAUGUAUUAUAUACAUGUGAGCUGGGGCAUUAUGGGUAUACAGUACAUGUGUGUGUAUGAGAUGUAAUUUAUAUGUAUUAUAUACAUGUGAGCUGGGGCAUUAUAGGUAUACAGUACAUGUGUGUAUGAGGUGUAAUUUGUAUGUAUUAUAUACAUGUGAGCUGGGGCAUUAUGGGUAUACAGUACAUGUGUGUAUGAGGUGUAAUUUAUAUGUAUUAUAUACAUGUGAGCUGGGGCAUUAUGGGUAUACAGUACAUGUGUGUAUGAGGUGUAAUUUAUAUGUAUUAUAUACAUGUGAGCUGGGGCAUUAUGGGUAUACAGUACAUGUGUAUAUGAGGUGUAAUGUAUAUGUAUUAUAUACAUGUGAGCUGGGGCAUUAUGGGUAUACAGUACAUGUGUGUGUAUGAUGUGUAAUUUAUAUGCAUUACAUACAUGUGAGCUGGGGCAUUAUGGGUAUACAGUACAUGUGUGUAUGAUGUGUAAUUUAUAUGCAUUAUAUACAUGUGAGCUGGGGUAUUAUGGGUAUACAGUACAUGUGUGUAUGAGGUGUCAUUUAUAUGUAUUAUAUACAUGUGAGCUGGGGCAUUAUGGGUAUACAGUACAUGUGUGUAUGAGGUGUAAUUUAUAUGUAUUAUAUACAUGUGACCUGGGGCAUUAUGGGUAUACAGUACAUGUGUGUAUGAUGUGUAAUUUAUAUGCAUUAUAUACAUGUGAGCUGGGGUAUUAUGGGUAUACAGUACAUGUGUGAGUGAGGUGUAAUUUAUAUGCAUUAUAUACAUGUGAGCUGGGGCAUUAUGGGUAUACAGUGCAUGUGUGUAUGAUAUGUAAUUUAUAUGCAUUAUAUACAUGUGAGCUGGGGCAUUAUGGGUAUACAGUACAUGUGUGUAUGAGGUGUAAUUUAUAUGUAUUAUAUACAUGUGAGCUGGGGCAUUAUGGGUAUACAGUACAUGUGUGUAUGAGAUGUAAUUUAUAUGUAUUAUAUACAUGUGAGCUGGGGCAUUAUGGGUAUACAGUACAUGUGUGUAUGAUGUGUAAUUUAUAUGUAUGAUAUACAUGUGAGCUGGGGCAUUAUGGGUAUACAGUACAUGUGUGUGUGAGGUAUAAUUUAUAUGUAUUAUAUACAUGUGAGCUGGGGCAUUAAUGGUAUACAGUACAUGUGUGUGUAUGAGGUGUAAUUUAUAUGUAUUAUAUACAUGUGAGCUGGGGUAUUAUGGGUAUACAGUACAUGUGUGUAUGAGGUGUAAUUUAUAUGUAUUAUAUACAUGUGAGCUGGGGCAUUAUGGGUAUACAGUACAUGUGUGUAUGAGAUGUAAUUUAUAUGUAUUAUAUACAUGUGAGCUGGGGCAUUAUGGGUAUACAGUACAUGUGUGUAUGAGAUGUAAUUUAUAUGUAUUAUAUACAUGUGAGCUGGGGCAUUAUGGGUAUACAGUACAUGUGUGUAUGAGAUGUAAUUUAUAUGUAUUAUAUACAUGUGAGCUGGGGUAUUAUGGGUAUACAGUACAUGUGUGUAUGUAUGAGGUGUAAUUUAUAUGCAUUAUAUACAUGUGAGCUGGGGCAUUAUGGGUAUACAGUACAUGUGUGUGUGAGGUAUAAUUUAUAUGUAUUAUAUAUAUGUGAGCUGGGGUAUUAUGGGUAUACAGUACAUGUGUGUGUGAGGUAUAAUUUAUAUGUAUUAUAUAUAUGUGAGCUGGGGUAUUAUGGGUAUACAGUACAUGUGUGUAUGAGGUGUAAUUUAUAUGUAUUAUAUACAUGUGAGCUGGGACAUUAUGGGUAUACAGUACAUGUGUGUAUGAGAUGUAAUGUAUAUGUAUUAUAUACAUGUGAGCUGGGGCAUUAAUGGUAUACAGUACAUGUGUGUAUGUAUGAGGUGUAAUUUAUAUGCAUUAUAUACAUGUGAGCUGGGGCAUUAUGGGUAUACAGUACAUGUGUGUGUGAGGUAUAAUUUAUAUGUAUUAUAUAUAUGUGAGCUGGGGUAUUAUGGGUAUACAGUAUAUGUGUGUGUGAGGUGUAAUUUAUAUGUAUUAUAUACAUGUGAGCUGGGACAUUAUGGGUAUACAGUACAUGUGUGUAUGAGAUGUAAUGUAUAUGUAUUAUAUACAUGUGAGCUGGGGCAUUAUGGGUAUACAGUACCCUAAGGAAAAGAGUUUAUUUGGGCUGGAUCUAGAUGCUAUAAUUUCCACUGUUACUGGAGGUAAAGGAGCAAGACAAAAAGUCUAAGGGGAAGAAUAGAACUUCAGAUUGUUUUCCCUACUUUCAUCAGAUAUUCUCCUCCUCUUGUGAAAAACAGGAUUCUUCCAGACCUGCCUGGAAAUCUAACUCUUUUUGGAAAAAGUCUAAGCCAUAAAAAAAGCCUUCUUUCUCUUCGAAAUUAUCAUGAAGAUGUGGCCCCCUGAUCCAGAUUCCACUUGUGGUGGCGGCAGAGUAAACCUUUUUCAGAAAGCCUGGGCUCAAUCACCUAGAUUUAGAGUUUUGUCGGUAAAGACCCGCGGUGCUAACAAGGCUUUUUUU